CAUCACCAGGCGGUCUUUUUCAGCUGGGCCCCUAUAGGUUUCGCCUCUUUUUGCCAUGAAGCUGAACGUUUCUUACCCCGCAACGGGGUGCCAGAAGCUUAUUGAGAUAGACGAUGAGUUAAAAUUACGUGCCUUUUAUGAUCGUCGUAUGGGACAAGACGUUUCCGCCGAAUCUUUGGGAGAUGAGUGGAAAGGAUACAUCGUAAAGAUCGGGGGUGGUAACGAUAAGCAAGGUUUCCCCAUGAAACAGGGUGUUCUUACUGCUGGUCGAGUUCAAUUGCUCCUUUCUAAAGGUCAUAAAUGCUACAGGCCCCGUCGUACUGGCGAGAGAAAACGUAAAUCUGUUCGUGGAUGUAUUGUUGAUGCGAAUCUCAGCGUUUUACACUUGAUCAUUGUCAAGAAAGGAGAUAAUGAACUCCCUGGAUUAACUGACAAAUCAAUCCCAAAACGUCUUGGACCUAAGCGUGCAAGCAAGAUCAGAAAGCUCUUCAAUUUGUCUAGAGAAGAUGACGUUCGUCAAUAUGUUGUCAGACGUCCCGUUCCCGCAAAAGAAGGGAAAGAGCAGAAAAAACCAAGAUACAAGGCCCCUAAAAUUCAGCGAUUAAUAACACCGCAAGUUCUCCAGAGAAAGAGACACAGGGAAACCAUGAAACGCAGACGUGCAGAAAAGGCAAAGAAAGAAGAGACCGAGUACAAAAAAGUGUUGGCGAAGAGAGCCAAAGAAUUGAAAGAAAAGAAACAAGAGGCCCAAAAGCGUCGAAGACUUUCGAGUUUGCGAGCAUCUCAGUCACAAUCUCAAUCAUCACAGUAAUUUGACUUAUUGUUGAUGGUUAUAUUGCGCAAUAUAUUGUUCGGUAGAAAUGAUAAUUUACCGCAAUACAUAAAACCUAAAUAA